ACGGUGCAGCCGUUGCCGCCGGUGUGUCAGAGAGGGAAGCGUUCUACCCUGCGGCCCCCGUCUCGGCUGAGAAAAGGGGGUGUCUCCACCUGCUCUGAGGGGAACUGUGUGUCCGCUCACCUCCCCUGAGCCUUCUGGCAGAUAAUGACACCAGAACAGAGUCCAGCGACUUCCCUCAUCGACAGGACCAUCAAGAUGAGGAAGGAGACUGAAGCCCGGAAAGUGGUCUUGGCCUGGGGACUCCUUAAUGUGUCUGUUGCAGGCAUGAUAUACACCGAAAUGACAGGAAAACUGAUAAGCUCGUAUUACAACGUCACAUACUGGCCACUCUGGUAUAUUGAACUUGCACUUGCAUCUCUGUUCAGCCUGAAUGCCUUAUUUGAUUUCUGGAGGUACUUCAAAUACACAGUGGCACCAACAAGCUUGGUCAUGAGUCCUGGCCAGCAGACCCUGCUGGGGUUGCAGAAUGCAGCAAUCCAAACAACUCCACCACGUGAGCUGGCAGCAAACAAAGUCCCGUCUUCGACACCUUCUCCUCCGAUCCAGGGUCAGAGUGUGCUGAGUUACAGCCCGUCCCGCUCCCCUAGUGCCAGUCCAAAGUUUACUACCAGUUGUAUCACAGGGUACAGCCCUCAGCUACAGGCUCUGUCGAGCAACAGCACUUCUUACGGCAGUGCUGUCACCUAUUCACCAGGCAGCAGCUACAGUAAGGUUUCCAGCUUCAGCUCCUCUCCCAGUGGGUCACCGUACCCCAUGAAUAUUGGGCCAGUGGAAAGCGGCAGCCUAAGGUCUCGUUACCGCUCCUCACCCAUUCUGUAUAAUUCUCCUACUGGUAAGGAAGAUUAUAUGACAGACCUCAAGUCACUGGACACCUUCCUUCGGAAUGAAGAAGAGAAACAGCAGAGAGUUCAACUAGGAAGUUCAGAUUCCAGCUCUCCUUCCAGCAGCCCAACUUUUUGGAACUACAGCCGUUCCAUGGCAGACUACGCACAGAUGCUGAGAAAGUUCCAGUAUCAGCUGGCUUGCAGGUCCCAGGCUCCGUCAGCGCACAAGGAUGAAGCUGAUCUGAGCUCAAAACAGGCUGCAGAAGAGGUUUGGGCACGGGUGACAAUGAACCGACAGCUCCUUGAUCACAUGGAUUCCUGGACCGCGAAGUUCAGAAACUGGAUUAAUGAGACUAUUCUAGUGCCGCUUGUCCAAGAGAUCGACUCUGUGAGCACUCAGCUGCGAAGAAUGGGCUGUCCGGAGCUGCAGAUCGGCGAAGCCAGCAUCAGCAGUCUGAAGCAGGCAGCGCUCGUUAAAGCUCCACUCAUUCCAACCCUGAAUGCUCUAGUGCAAUAUCUGGAUCUCACACCAAACCAGGAGUAUUUGGUCGAAAGGAUCAAAGAGCUUUCUCAGGGAGGAUGCAUGAGUUCAUUCCGCUGGAACAGAGGAGGGGAUUUCAAAGGCCGCAAGUGGGACACCGACUUGCCCACCGACUCCUCUAUCAUCAUGCACGUGUUCUGCACUUACCUCGACUCCAGGCUGCCACCUCACCCCAAAUACCCCGACGGCAAAACCUUCACUUCCCAACACUUCAUUCAGACGCCGGAUAAACCAGACACUUCAAAUGAAAACGUCUUUUGCAUCUACCAGAGCAGCAUCAAUCCACCCCACUACGAGCUGAUCUACCAGCGCCACGUCUACAACCUGCCCAAGGGCAGAAACAACAUGUUCCACACGUUGCUCAUGUUUCUCUACAUCAUCAAGACGAAGGAGUCCGGGAUGCUGGGGCGUGUCAACCUCGGUUUAUCAGGAGUCAACGUUCUGUGGAUUUUUGGAGAGUAACACCUCCGGCGGGACACCGGUUCGGAGGAGCGAUGCCGAGAGAACUGAGCAGCGUCGUUCUGUUGUUGACUUAAACAUGAAUUUACUACAAAAAAAAAGGAUAAUUCCAGCUCUGCUUUGUGGGCAGAGGGGGUGAAGUGGUUGUAAUUCCCCUGCGGGUUUUGUGACUUUAUUAUUUAAAACAUCUUGCCGUCGAAACGCUGCGACGUGCCAACGCCAGGCGGGUUUUCUCUUCCGGUCUCCUCCGCUGAACGAAACAGGUUUUAAAAAAUGGGUUUUGCUGGUUCUGCUCCGUGCCUGACGCUGCCGUCACCGCUCGGCUGAGCUUGACUGAUCCCGGGACUAAACUCCAGCCGCCGGCGAGGGCUGGGGCAGCCGCAAGGGGAGAAACAGCAAUUGGCAGGAGCCACGAAAUUCUGGAUGAGCACGAGAAAAGCCGAGUUAAAAAGUUGAGAUUUGUUUUGGUUCAUUUUAUUGUGUAUGAAAAGAAAAACAUCACUUUUUUUUUUUUUUUUUUAAUCCCUGUUUAUUGGUGUAAUUGGGUUUUCUGACCCAAGAGGGUGGGGUCUGCGCUGCUGGUGUGACGCAAGGAGAAAACUGUGUUUGAUGCGCUGGUUUCAGUAAGUAAGAUUUUUAUUUUCAUUUAUUUUUUGAACAAAAUGAGCAUGCCAUCCAACUUGGGCAGCCUUGCAAGCUCCAAAUGACCAGCUGCCUCCAAUACAACCCCACCCUUACCCUGCCUUUGCUUUUUAAUUGAUUUUUAACUGCUCCCAUCACCCUCUUUUUUUUUUUUUUUUUUUUUUUUCCCCCCUCAUACUUAUUUCGGGAGCCUGACAGACCGGCACGGGGCUCCAGCACCUCAGCAGGAGACCAGGCUGUAUAAACCCGCGGAGUUCUGAAGUCCCCGCUCGUGGGGAUGCACCUUUUGGGGAAAAAAAAAAAAAAAAAAAACAAAAAAACCCCACAACCCUGGAUUUGUCUCCAAAAAAAAGUUGUUCAAUAUUUGCCAAAAAACUUUUUUAUUUUGGGGGAAGAGGGGCGGGGAGGGAAAAAAAAUCUCUUGUAAAUUCUGACAAAUGCGGGGUUUAGAAGUGCGUAGAGUUAGUAAUUAUUUUUUUAGAGUUGGGGGGGUAAAAAUUCAUAAGCCCCAAGAUGCUGGAGAUCUUUGUGAGCGGAAGACGAGGAUCCCGGCCUGUUCCCCCGCCCUCGCACUCAAAACUGCCAAAAAACCCCACUUGUACAUAAAAGAUGUGAGAAUUACACCGGCUUGUUCCCAGGGGGAGAACGCCACGUGUUUUGUCACGAUAGAAUGUAUUUUUGUACUGUAUUUUCUGCUGACGGGAGGGGAAAAAAGGAAUUUGUGCUGUUUAAUCUCAGUGGGGCGGGGGCAGCCGCUGUUUUUUGGUGUGAACCGACCGUUAUUGGCGACUUUGGUCUCCCCGGGGUGGGGGCGCAGGGUUUGUUCAGGCUCGUUUGAUUUCCGUAUUAAAUGAGUUUGGUUUUAUCAAA